AUGGACCUUAUCCACUGCCCAAAGUGCGCACCGGAAGAAGAUGCCAAGUCCUGGUGCUACACCGGAAGAGGAAGCUGCCCGUGUCGAGAAAUACCGCAGAGAGUAGAGGAGGACAUCGACGCGAUAGAUGAGAUAGUCAUGGCGGCCAACAAUGACGUUCUCAACAAAUUCGCAGGGGUUACCUACGCGAAACAAGCGAUGAAUAUUUUAACGCGAACCUUUCAGAAGGUUGGUGGACAACCGGAUAGUUCCAGUGUGGCCCUGGUGAACCAAUCAGCCAGGAAAGAUGUCCAAUGUUUCGGAUGCCAGGAAUACGGGCACUACAGAAGCCGCUGUCCAAAGAACAAGAAGGAGAAAAAGAAGAACAAAAGGACUGCUGGACACACAAUGAUGGCGGGCGAACGGGCAGAACCCCCUAAGAAAGAAAAGAAUGUUCGAUUCAUCGUAGACUCUGGGGCUACAGAGCGUAUGGUGCGAGACGAGGCAUUGCUGGAAGAUGUCCGGGUUUUGGAAAAACCGAUAACCAUUACUACUGCCAAAUCAGGCCAGGAGCUUCGGGCUACGAAGUCAAGAAAAAUAAGAUUAAAAUCUGUAAUUGGAUUAAAUAAAAUUACUCCGGUUGUACUGUAUAAUAUCUUGUUUAUUCCUGGUCUAGAAUCCUAUCUACUCUUGGUCAGAAAAUGUAAUGAGAUGGGUAAAAAGGUUAUUUUUGUUGAUGACAGUGUCUCAAUCCUAAGCUUUGGUGAGGUUAUUGCCAAAGGAAAGGUAGUUGAUGGUUUGUAUUGCUUGGAUUUCACUCUUGAUUUGAAUCAGAAUCAAUCGGACUUUGAUGGAAAAGUUCGGGCAAUGCUACAUGAAAGUGGAAUGCCGAAGGAAAUGUGGGGAUAA